AUGACAAGCGAGACGAAUAACGCUAACGCUAGUAAUUCCACUAAUGGACAACUUCCUAUGUCUGACCUUCCUGCGUCGUGGUUUACAAAUCCUAUUCCUUCACGUUCGAAUUCCGAUCGACAACAAUAUUCGCAAGAAUUCCGCGAAAGGGUUUCCAGAGUGACGCAAAGGGGCCAAUCCUAUAUAUCACAGUUAAGCGAGCAGCAAGGAAGGGAUUGGCCCCGCGGACUUGUUAAUGAAAACACAAGGUUCUUUCGGCAAGCCGUAGAAACAGCGUCUGCAAGGACCCCUAUAUCGCUGGCUGCAUCCUCUGAUAGCAGUGUUGCGAUGACAAGGCCGAAUGGUAUAACAAGUAACUUCCUUCCAGUUGCGGAUACGGAUAAUGAUAUAGACUUGUUGCAGGAUGAGCAGCAUACCUCACUAGUAACCCCAACUACAGAAGAGAGACGAUCAUUUGAGUCCUUCCAAGCUGAAGCACGAAAUGUUUUCAGGAGAGCAAUAGAAACUAUCAGCAAAAGAAAAGCGCUAUUAUUACAGUCAUUUGAAGCCGAUAAUCUGAAGCUCCAGCAGUUACAGAUGGGACAGCAGUGGAACGGCGAUUCAACCGGUCAAGAGUCUGAAACUCGCUAUAUUAGUAGACUAUCGAAAAUUCAACGCAUUCGACUACGUGCAAUUGAAAUGGAGACUUUAAAUAUGCAACGUCUGCGGGGCACUUUCCAAGCCACAAUGCAACAAUUUAAGAUUGAGGUUCAAAGAUACCUAAUAGCAAAAUCCAGGGGAGAAUACAUCAGUAAUCCACUGGAUUAUUUUAAAUCUCAAUUAGCGGAAUGGGAUCCGCACAAGAAUAUGGGAAUUAAAAUCGCAUUAAUGGAGAAUCAUAUGGAUCAAGCAGAUUGGGAAAAAUUAAGGCAGAUGGUUGAGUCCAAUCAAUCAGAAUAUACCACUGACCGACUAUCACAGAACCAACUCCCGUACCAAGGUACUUCGCGAGCUCCAUUUAUCAAUGAGUAUAAAAAUAACGUAGGUCAAACCACGCUUAAUACCACUCACUCGUCAUCUAAUCAAGCCUUCCCAUUAAAUGCUUUGCCACAUGAAAUUCUAUCCCUAGUCCUAGAAGUUGUAGGUCAAAAGUCUGACGUGGUAUCCUUGUUGACAGUAUGCAAGGCUUGGGCUGCAAUAAUUGUGAAGCUCUUAUAUUACCGCCCACAUAUCAACAAGAAACCGCAGCUAGAGCUUUUUAUGAGUACAAUGCGCAAGCCCGCAUCUGAGGUUAUUUUUGAUUACAGGUCAAUGAUAAAGAGGUUAAACUUUUCAUUUGUUGGAGAUUAUAUGACUGAUGCGCAGUUAUUGCAUUUUAUCGGUUGUCCAAAUCUAGAAAGGCUAACCCUAGUCUUCUGUAAGCAAGUCACUACCAAAUCCAUUGCACAGGUAUUAAAAGGUUGUAAGUUUUUGCAGAGCGUGGAUAUUACAGGGAUUAAAGAGGUUGGUAAUGAACUUUUCGAUGUGUUAUCAACAGACUGUAAAAGGAUUCAAGGCCUUUACGUUCCUCGUGCUGAUAUGGUAUCCUGUGAAGCCAUUGAAAGAUUUGUUGAGAAUGCCCCAAUGUUGAAAAGAGUGAAAAUAACUUUCAAUAAAAGUAUUACAAACAGUUUGUUGGUGAAGAUGGCGCGUUCCUGUCCACUUCUAGUAGAAGUGGACCUAACAUCUACCCCUCAAAUAAGCAAUGAAAGUAUUGUUACUCUAAUGACAGAGUUACCUCAGCUCCGGGAAUUCAGGCUAACGCAAAACAUGCUAUUCAGCGACACAUUUGCCACACAACUAUCGUUAAAUAUUUCUAGCUUGCCGGCGUUGAGAUUAAUUGAUCUAUCAGCUUGUGAAAGCAUCACCGAUAAAACAGUCGCGAAAUUGGUUCAAUUGGCUCCGAAGUUGAGAAAUGUCUACUUGGGUAAGUGUAGUAGAAUUACGGAUAAUUCUUUAAUUGCCUUAUCGAAGUUGGGCAAAAACUUGCAGACCGUCCAUUUCGGUCACUGUUUCAAUAUCACCGAUGAGGGGGUUAAGGUAUUGGUUCAAAAUUGUCAACGGAUUCAGUAUGUCGAUUUUGCAUGCUGUACAAAUCUAACUAAUCACACUUUAUAUGAAUUGGGAGACCUAACAAAAUUGAAAAGAAUUGGUUUAGUCAAGUGUUCACAGAUGACUGAUGAGGGCUUAUUAAAUAUGAUAGCUUUGCGUGGUAGGAAUGAUACUCUAGAAAGAGUCCAUCUUUCAUACUGUACUAACUUAACCAUUUAUCCUAUUUAUGAAUUGGUCAUGGCUUGUCCAAAACUAUCGCAUUUGUCUUUGACUGCAGUUCCAUCUUUUCUCCGUCCUGACAUUACUCAAUUUUGCAGGCUUCCACCAAGUGAGUUCACUGUCAACCAACGUCAAAUAUUCUGCGUCUUCUCUGGUAAAGGUGUUCAAAAACUACGUCAUCAUCUAAUGAGUAUGACGAGACCUACUGAUGGCCCCACUACUAAAGUGAGAAAAGUUCUAAUUGAAUUUUUAAUUGCUAGAGGCUUGUUUAGGCCAAAUGAAUCGGAGGAAGAAGCUCUAAAGAGGAUUGCUGACGAGAUAAACCAAGAAAGUGCAGCUUUGAUGACUGCUUCUAGUAUGUUUAAUGCAGCCAAUGAACCAUUUCAAAAUAUAAAUUUCGAUAGAUUAGACGAGCUGUUCACUUUUAUGCAGCGAGUUCCUCAAGAUGACUUAAUUACUGGUGAGGAUAUCUCUGAGUUGAUGCCCUUAAUUGAUGAAUCAUUCUGCGAAGAACCUUUUAGAAAUGAAUGGCGUGACAAUGAUGGUAUAGUUGCACCAAGAGCUUCUAAUGACCUAAAUAGUGAAUUGGCUGAUAUCGUGAGAAAAUUUCACGCAUUAAAUGAUCGCAUAGCCGACUUUGAGGUUAAUGUUUCCAGUAUUAUUAGGAUUCAGUUUCAAUAUACAGGCUCAAUGUUAGCAGAGAUGUCCCACAUCUACAUGCUACUUGUGGACUUGAAUCGAACUAUUUGUGAUAUACAGAAGAGAAUUUACGAAAUAAAUAACCCGCGAGAUGUCAAAGCUAUUACCAUAUGGAGAGUGAUAUGGACCCCAAGGUUUGAAGAGAUAUUGAGAAAGUAUAAGUUGGAUACUAUUGUCUUAAGGUUAUACCUAAAAAACAACGUUGCCGUAUUGACAAGACAAAGAGAGGUUGCACUUCUGCGGGCUCGUACCUUAUGGGACAGCGAGCAAAACUCGACAGUACAAGGUAAUGGGGUUGCUAUAAAUGGAGCUGGGGUGACUAAUGAUCAAUCUGCAGCAGCUCGUCAAUUAUUUUCACAAUUCCAAAUUACAGUAUUUCGACCUAACGAAGAUGCCCAACCACCAGAAGAUGAAGAUGAUGAGGUAUUAGAAGAAUCAUGA